GUUGUCAUCGUCGUCACUCGAGAUACCUUGCCACUAUUCUCGACAAUGUAAAGUGUUUCCAGAGAUUUUGUAUUCGACGUAAUCUUUCACGAGCCUUCCGCCACAAAACUAUUGCAAUGAAUAUGAGUAAGACAGAGAAGCUAUUAGCCGCUAAGAAGAAGCUGAAGGAAUUCCAACUGCAAAAAAAAUUACAAGUGCAAGAAACCUUGAAUAAAGACUCAAAUAUAAUAGAUGAGUCUAUAUCACAGUGCCAAACAAAUUGCCAAACUACAGAAGUGGACAAACUUUAUAAUCAAAAGAAACAGAAUGAAGUAAAGAGAGAGUAUCCAGAAAAACGAUAUGAGAAACAUAUAUAUAAUACAGACAUUAUGCAUAAAGAAGAAAAUAUAACAAAUCACUUUGAGGGUGCUAAUAACUUAUCAGAUAUGAUUGAAACUAAAAUAGCAACAAGUAAUAGUGAAAUAACAGAAAAGAGCUUUCCUUCCUUGGAAAAUUAUCCAGAAACUGCUGUAUUACACGAAAGUGGUGAUAAAGACACCACAUAUUCACGUCUUCACUCAGAUUUACAAUAUGUAGGAAAUGAUGAGAAAUAUAACUUGAAUAUUACAACAUCUAAUGGACCAUCAACAAUGCAGAAAGAAUAUUUGUUAGAAAUGGCAUCGGAAGUUGCUCAUAUUCUUACCGAUGAUACAGAUCACAGUGAACCACCAAGUUCACUUGAUUUUGAUCUAAAGUGUCGCAAUCAAUUUUUAAGUUCAUGUUUGGAGGAACAGAAACAACUUGUAAAUGACUUACAUAUUCAAGUUAGUCGUUAUCACAGCAGAGUAGCUGAAUUGGAAGAAAUUCUAGCUACGAAAGAUUCUGAGUUUGAAGCCAAACUUGUUCGCGAGAUAAAUCCUCUGAAGGAGCAGUUACAAUUCCACGCACAGACUACUGGUAUCCUGAUAGCAGAAAAAGCAGAGCUCACAGCAGCUUUGGCACAGAGCCAGAAGACUGCAAAACAGAAUUCAGAAGAGAUAGAGGAGAUGAGUGGAAAAUUAAAACAUAGCCAGCUUCGUAUUAACGAGCUUGAAAAAGAGUUAACUCAAAUGCGAAGUAAUUCUACUGACACUCAAAAAAAUGCUCAACAAGUGCAACAAGUCUAUAAUGAGCUCGAACAGAAUUAUUAUGAACUCAGAAAAGAAAAGGAAGAUUUAGAAUUGGAAACAUCAGAAUUAAAACAAAAAUUAAAUUUAAAGAAUACCGAAUUUAUUACUUUGCAACAAGAAUUCCAAGAAAAAGCAGCAUUACUUUCCUUAAAUGAAUUAAGGAUACACCAACUAACUGAUACAUCGCAAACGUUAGAGUCCCAGCAUCAAACCGUAACAGUACUGGAACAACAGUUGGCUCAAAUGAGAGAAACUUUGAAACUAGUGAAUAAUGAGAAGGAUGAAGCCAGUAGGCAAUAUCAAAAUUAUGUACGACAGUUAGAUGCACAGCAAGUAAAAUUGUUUAAUGAGAUUGAAAGCGGAAAGAAAAUAAUCAGUGAAUUAGAAAGUAGAGAGAAAAGUUAUAUACAACGUUUAUCGGAUUUAGAACAACAAUUGCAGCAUGAAAGAGAGAAAAGUGAAGCUGUACUUCCAUCACAAGAUCAUAACGUUGAAAUAGCUAAUUUAAUAAAAAACAUUGAGGAACUGACCGCACAACAUGAAAAACUUCAUAUCGCGUUAUCUGAAAGGGAUACAGAGAUUGAAAUGUUAACAAAAGAAAUACAGCAAUUACGAGACAUGAAAGAUGAUGGAACUGAUGUAGCAAAAUUAGUACAGGCUUUUGAAAGUGAAAAACUUGGUGCAUCUAGAGCUGUUUCACAAAAUCAACAGUUAAAGGAACAACUAACUGAAAUGGAAAAUGCUUUUGUUACUCUUAGUAAUGCUAAGUUGGAUUUAACAGAACAGCUUCAAGCUGAACGAAAUAUUGGCCGAAAAUUAAAUGCAAGAUUGAAUACUGUCGAAAUAGAAAUGGAUAACCUAAAAGAAAAAUUAAAAGAAAAGGAAACACUUUUGAUAGAAUUAGAGAAAGAAAAGCUGCAAAAUGCUCAAAUUACAGAUCAAAUGCAGCAUUAUCAAGCACAGUCUCAUCAUGCUCAGACAUUACAACAAGAAUUACAAAAUGCUUUGAUUUAUAUAGAAGAUUUGAAAAGUGAAAAUAAAGAUCUCACAAAAGAAUUAAAAAAUAAAGUACGACAAGAAACAGAUUUGUCCAGAGAAAUUUUAAACGAUAAUGAAGAUCAGCAUGUAACAAAGAAUGAACAAAAUUGUAAUGAUAUUAUAACAAUGCAAAACUCGCCACUGCCAGAAGGUAAAAAUAUUUCAGACAAUUUUAGGCCUAUAACAAAAUUAGAAAACAGAUUUAAAGAAACAAUGGAAAAGGUCGCUGAAUUAACCGACGAGAAACAGAAAUUAGAACACCUUGUUCUCCAGCUCCAAGGUGAAACAGAAACUAUAGGAGAAUACAUUACUUUAUAUCAAAAGCAACGAGCGAUUCUAGGAGAAAAAUGGAAGGAAAGAGAGCAAACCUUCCGUCAAUUAGUAGAGCAACGUAAUCAGCAACAGGAACAGUUGCACAAAUUAAAAGUAUUAGUUACCGAUUUGCUUCAAAAACAUCCCGAAACACUAAUAAAUUCCACAGAAAUAAAUUAUCAUAAAGAUACAAAUGCCGAUAAUCCUACACUAUCUGAAGAUAAAAAGCAAGACAAUGCAGAACUAUCACUGAUUGAAGAUAAAACUGCAUCAGAUAUUCUUGAUCUUCUCACAGAAAUCAAAGACUGUAAAGAUACGUGUAUUAUAGAAUCUAAUUUUCAUCCAUGUCCAUGGUGUUCUGGGAGGCUCAUUACCGUGUAAUCAUGAAUAAUAAAUUUGUUUAAUCUUUGUUAUAAAUAAAUUAUAAUAUAAUACAAAUUAGUAAUGUAGAAUAGUGAUACUUGUAUAUAGUUCUUAGACUUUUUUAAAACUUCUGUAUUUAUCUCUUGUAA